UAUUAUUUUAUUAGGUUCGUCGUGUCCUUUGUAAACUAAAUCUUGUCAUGCAAAUCAGUCUUAAACGGAGGAAGUAGUGUCUAUGGUUUUACAAACGUUUUGAAACUAAAAUAGAAGUAUUCUGGACUGGACAUACGGUGAAAUAACUAAGAACACUUCCGUUGUUUUUAUUACAGAGAUAAGAUUUUGUUCAACUGCAUUUAUAAUAUAGUGAAGAAUAAUAAUUUAAACGUAUCACGAUAUUCUUUUUUGUAACUUAAGCAGUGUUAUCCAAAGAUUUGGUCUACGAAAGGAAAAUUCAGAUAGGUAUUCAGAACGCUUGUCAGCCAUUGAUCUUUUUGUCCGAAAAAAUGCCGAUCGAGCUCGAACGAUGGCGCGGUCAGCGAUUGGCGAACGAUCCUUGGGAGGAAAAUGGCAAAAUGGUGUAGUCGUUAAACGGAGCCGCGCGACAUGGCGGCCGCCGCGCCGGCGGGCGGCGAAUUCGUGGAGGGCUGGCUCGUGGCGCAGGUGCUGGGCGAGGGCGCCUACGGAGAGGUGCGGCUGCUGGUGAACAGCGGCAGCGGCGCGUGCGUGGCGCUGAAGACUGUGCGCGCCGCGCCCGACAGCGACGCGCUGGCCGCGGCGGCGCGCGAGGCGGCGCUGCACCGCGCGCUGCGCCACCCGCACGUGCUGCGCUGCCUCGGAGCCCGCGCCGCGCCGCCGCACCACUACAUGUUCCUGGAGUAUGCACAGGGAGGCGAGUUGUUCGACCGCAUCGAGCCGGACCGGGGGAUGUGCGCGACGCUGGCGCGCCGCUACUGGCGCCAGAUCCUCCAGGGGCUGAGCUACUUGCAUUCCCGAGGGGUGGCACAUAGAGACCUCAAACCAGAAAACGUGUUGCUCGAUGACAGGGACCAAGUGAAGAUCUCGGACUUCGGGCUGGCGACGCUGUUCCGGCACGGGUCGCGCGAGCGGCUGCUGUCGCGCGUGUGCGGCACGCUGCCCUACGCCGCGCCCGAGGUGCUGCGCGCCGCCGCCGCGCCCUACCGCGCGCCGCCCGCCGACCUGUGGGCCGCGGCCCUGCUGCUGCUGGCCAUGCUGGCCGGAGGUACCUACCGCGCGCCGCCCGCCGACCUGUGGGCCGCGGCCCUGCUGCUGCUGGCCAUGCUGGCCGGAGAGCUACCGUGGGAGCGCGCGCACCCGUCCGACGCGCGCUACUCGGCGUGGAGCUCCGGCGCGUCGGACGCCGGGCCCUGGCGCAAGCUGUCCGGCGCCGCGCGCGCGCUGCUCGCCGCCGCGCUGCGCGCCGAGCCGCCGCGCCGCGCCGCGCUGCCCGACCUGCUGCACCACCCCUGGAUGAGCGAGCACGACGAGCUGCCCGAGAGGAGCACCGGUCAGUACACUGUGGGCUGUCCGGCGCCGCGCGCGCGCUGCUCGCCGCCGCGCUGCGCGCCGAGCCGCCGCGCCGCGCCGCGCUGCCCGACCUGCUGCACCACCCCUGGUGAGCGAGCACGACGAGCUGCCCGAGAGAGAGAGGAGCACCGGUCAGUACACUGUGGGCUGUCCGGCGCCGCGCGCGCGCUGCUCGCCGCCGCGCUGCGCGCCGAGCCGCCGCGCCGCGCCGCGCUGCCCGACCUGCUGCACCACCCCUGGAUGAGCGAGCACGACGAGCUGCCCGAGAGAGAGAGGAGCACCGCAACAACAAACGGGUGCCGACUGAGCUAUACGCUUCACUCUUUCGAGCAAAGCACUGGUAUUCUGUCGGAACCCAGAUCACGUGACGCACGGGCGUGGUGCUCGCAGCCGGCGACGCGGCCGGAGGCAGAGGAGGCGAGCGGGCCGGACGAGCCCGACGGCGACGUCGCGCUGCUCGUGCACUCGCAGCCCGCCGCCGCCGGGGACCUGCUGCUGUCGCAGGCGACGCAGGCCACGCAGGCGCAGGGCGGCGUGGUGGCGCGCCUCGUGCGGCGCAUGACGCGCGUGUGGCUGCGCGGCGACGAGCGGCACGCGCUGGGCGCGCUGACGGCGGCGCUGGACGCGCGCGGCAUGGCGUGGCGCCGCCUGCCGCAGUCGCCGCACCUGCUGGCCGUGGAGUGCGGCGGCGACGUGCGCAUGCGCGCCUGGGCCGUGCGCGCGCGCCCGGCCGGCGCCGGCCCCGGCCCCGGCCAGGGAGACGCGGGCCUCACGCUGCUGGAGUUCCGGCGCUCGCGCGGCUGCGGGCUGGCCUUCAAGCGGCGCUUCCUGCAGCUGCGCGCCGCGCUGGCGCCGCUCGCCGCGCCGCCGCCCGCCGAGCCCGGCGCCGACCUGGUGGCGCCGCCGCUGCAGCCCCGGCCCGUGCCCGUGCCCAUGGACACCGACCACUGACCGCACUCGCCGACGGGUGCCAUCGAGGGACCGACAGAGACCUGAUUCGUAGUCUUAAGUAUACAUUAAAUUAUCGUUUUUACUUUUUUAAA